UGCAUUUCACUGUCAGAUUUGUUUUUGUCAAAAUGGCGUUUAGUUUUCCAGCGUUUUCUUAUAUUAUAGCGUUAAUUGUCGACGCUUUUCUUAUAUUUUUCUCUAUAUUUCACGUUAUAGCAUUCGAUGAAUUAAAAACUGACUAUAAGAAUCCAAUAGACCAGUGUAAUAGCCUCAAUCCCUUGGUGCUACCUGAAUAUUUAUUACAUCUGUUAAUUAACUUAUUGUUCUUACUUUCGGGAGAAUGGUUUUCAUUAUUUCUCAAUGUACCAUUAAUUCUUUAUCACAUUCACAGAUAUAGAACAAGGCCAGUAAUGUCUGGGCCUGGUCUGUAUGAUCCUACAAGUAUAAUGAAUGCAGAUGUGCUGACCAUAUGUCAAAGAGAAGGCUGGAUAAAACUUGCUUUUUAUCUUCUAUCAUUCUUUUUCUAUUUGUAUGGUAUGAUUGUGGUGCUGAUAGCAGCUUGAUUUGUGAGAGUAUUAAAAAAUGCAUUUUUAAGUCCUAAUUUAUUAGUAGUUUUCUGUAAGUACCCAAAAGUUGAGAACAAUUUUAACAUUUUCUAACUCUGUUGGAAAUUUGUCAUUGUUAAUUAUUUUAAUAAUAAAUACUCUUAACAUU